AUGAUGGGUCUCAUCCACUCUGGGUACCAGCACGAACCUUAUAGUGAUCAAAAUAUGUUACGUCACAAUGGUUUGUUGUCGGAAAACAAAGAGAGGAUUACGAGUCUCAACCCAGUGGCAAGAAAUACUUUUCACGAUACGACAAAUCCAAAGAUACAGUCAGCUGCCAUCAAACAUGUGGAAGAAAUUCAACAGAUAUCUUCAGAGGCUUUCAUUGUUAACGUGGAUCGUUACAGCAACUGGUCGAAUUGGUCCAAGUGUGAGCGACACAAUUGUGUUCAAAAUCGCUAUCGAGAGUGCGUCGACGAUUCUUGGAUGAAAAUUAAUCGCAAUAAAUACGGGAAAACAAACUGUACGACUAGGUUGCAUAUGGAAGUGCGCACGUGCAGAAAUAUGGCGCAAUGUAGCCCACCUGCAAUGCUGGCAAAUUGUGGCGUUCGACCGGAGGACAUAGGAGCCGCAGCAAAUCGACUGGCUCGUUCAAGCAUCAAGCCAAUCCUAUGGCCGUGGGCUGUACGUUUGUCGAUACAAGCGACAGAAGAGAGCGAAGAAAUUUUGUGCGGUGGAACGCUAAUUGGUCCUCAGUGGAUUGUCACCGCUGCGCAUUGCGUCACCGAAUGGGUGGAUAAGAACUCGCUUAUGGAAACGAAAGAGGACGCAGAAGUUGAUAAUAACCCUAUAUCUGCAUAUGUGGGUGACCUUGACGUCCAAACGGGAGAGGAGUAUUUUCAGGUAUACGAGAUCCAAAAUGUAAUCUUACACCCGGCUUUUCAACCGGGUAGAGAGAACAACGGUGCCGACAUCGCAUUGCUGUACAUGAAAGAGCCUGUUGCGGAUUAUCCGGAGAUUAAUUAUGCCUGCUUGCCAAAUGAGCUCAAUCUUUUGGAAACCGGUGCUGAAUGCCACGCUAUUGGAUGGGACACUGGUCACGUUAAGAAUGUACAGAGCUUAUUGAGCCGCGCAGGACUGCCAGGCACUACACAUCAUAUACGUCGGACGAAUGACGAUGAAUGGAAUCCGGACAAAUUGCGCCAGGUCAAUCUGACAGUGUUGAUGCCCCAGGAAUGCAAGAAACAUUACAAAGAUCUCCGCGAACAUAUGAUUAUUUGCGCAGCUUCAAAGGGAAAGGUUCGUUUGUCGAUACCAUCGACAGAGGAGAGCCAAGAAAUUCUGUGCGGUGGAAUGCUAAUUGGUCCUCAGUUGAUUGUCACCGCUGGGCAUUGCGCCACCGAAUUGGUGGAUAAGAACUCGCUUAUGGAACCGAAAGAGGACGCCGAAGUUGAUAAUGUCCGUAUAUCUGCACUUGUGGGUGACCUUGACAUCCAAACGGGAGAAGAGUAUUAUCAACUAAACGUGAUACAAAGUGUAAUCUUGCACCCGGCUUUUCAACUUGGUAGAGAGAACAACGGUGCCGAUAUCGCAUUGCUAUAUUUGAAAGAGCCAGUUGAAGAUUGUAAGUCUCAAUAUGAUUUGAAUGCAUCAUGA